AUGACGGAAGUUCUCAGUCAGCUCAAGGCAUUUGAGGCCUCUAGAGACAAUCUCAUCGUCCGCACGGAGUCUGUCGAAUCCGACUCUGAAGACGAUGUAAUCCGACCAGCGAAUGACAUUGUGCAAUUCUAUGAGCACCAUGUUCGAAUCAUCACAAAACUUAUCCGCCACGAUCAAGCUCUUGACACCAAGAACAAAUCGCUCCGCGACGAGAACUCAGAUCUGACCAAUCGCAAUAAGGAAUUGGCAAAUAAACUGGAGGAUUCCGAAUUGAAAUAUAAAGAGCUCGAAUUCAAGUACCAGAAGGCAUUGAACGAUUUGAAGAAGAAGGGGGAUGAGCUUAAGAAAGAGGAACUUGCUCAUAAGAAAGACCUUGAGACCUUGGAAGAAGUCCGGAAAGCUCUCAAAGAUGAAAAGGAACACCAUAAGGCAACGAAGCAUGCCCUUGAAGAAGAAAAGCGAAAGCAUAAGGAAGAUGUGGAGACUUUGAAGAGAGUCCAGAACGCCCUAAACGAAGAGAAAGAACAUCAUCAGAAAACUAAAAAUGCUCUCGAAUUAGAAAAGCGAAAGCACAAGGCUGUCCAAAAAGCUCUCGAUGAUGAAAAGGAGCGCCAUAAGGCAACUAAGCAUGCCCUCGAAGAAGAAGAGCGAAAGCAUAAGGAUGACAUUGAGACCUUGAAGGCAGUGCAGAAAAGACUCAUCGAAGAAGAACAGUACCGUAAACAGGUUGAAGAAGAACUUCGAAAGGAGAGAGAGGCACAUGAGAAAGACCUCGAAACGUUGAGGAAAGUCCAGAAGGCCCUCGAAGAAGAAAAGAUCUACCACCAGCAAACCAGGGACCAACUCUCCGAACUCCAAGAGAAAAUCGCCCCCCUCGAAUGCAAGAUCAAAGACCUCGAGGACGAACUCAAAGACGCCCGCCAAAACUACCAAGACGCCUCCAAGCGCGCCGACAAGAACCGCACCCUCCUCGACGAGGCGCACCAAGCCCUCCAUGACGCCGAAGAGCGCGCACGCCGCCAAACCCAACGCGCCUGCGAACUCAAAGAUAAGAACGACCAACUCCAGAAAGAAAUCAACGACCUCCACCGAAAGAUCGAGGAACUCCACAACCGCAAGAAAUGGGUGCCGAAGCCAGGCCACACGCUCGGUAAUGUCUACAUUGACGCGAUCAUGUAUGGUGGGAAGGUGUUUGAUGAUAAGAAGACAGUGGAUACGUUCCUGCAUCUUUUGAAGGAUAAGGCGACAUUUGAUGUGCAUAAUCGGUUAUUCAAGGAGGAUCCGUGGCCUUUGCAGGAGAAGAGCUUGACGGUUGUUUUUAGUGUUGAUGGGAAGGGGUUUCAGUAUUUGAAUGGGAAGGAGUGGGAGAAGGUGAAGUUUUCGUGGUGA